GAAAUUCCAAGUGGCGAAAGAUCCCGUUUUCAGAAGAAAGCAGCAGUUUUUUUAUUUAACACCUUGCUACGAUUUUCAUAAAUUGUGAUUGGUAGUUUGCGUCAUAUGGUAGUGGCUAGCAGGAGCACAGGACAGAUUCCAGUUAUUGAACUUGGGGCCGCAGGAGUGUGGAAACAUAGAGACCGUAUGUUAUGCCAACUAUUGCUAUGUCAAACCCCGAGGACUGUCAAAGACGCUUUCAGGCGGCUGUCAACGUCAUUCAAAGCCUACCCAAAAAUGGCUCCUACAGACCCUCUUAUGAAGUGAUGCUUCGGUUUUAUGGUUUAUACAAACAGGCGGUCUGUGGCCCGUGUACAGUGUCACGUCCUGGCUUCUGGGACCCUGUUGGACGUUACAAAUGGGAUGCUUGGAAACAGCUAGGGGACACGAAUCAAGAAACUGCAAUGGGUGCUUACGUGGAGGAAAUGAAGAAAGUUGCACAAGAGGUAAUAGAUACCAUGCCAAUAGAUGAAAAGACAGCAUCCUUUUUCCAUUAUUUCGAACCUCUCUAUCAUGUUAUUCAUGAUAUGCCCAGACCUCCAGAGGCACUUGUAACUCUAACAUCAAAACAUGAAGUGAAGAGACGAACAGAAGAACUGGCUCCUCAACAGCAGGACUUCACAGAUACAAUCCCUGAUGGUGACCCUCAUCUGAACAACACAGAUCUAGUUCUGUUUGAGACUCAGGGGCCAACAAGUGACUCCGAGAGUGAAGUCUUCUGUGAUUCAUUGGAACAGCUAGACACUGUUAAGCUUGCUGCACUGUCGGAUAAUAUUCAAAAUGGGCAUGCAUAUACUGAGACGUCUGGAGUCCAGGAGCAUCUGUACAACCCUGUCAGUCAGGUGACCCAGAUGGGUGCUGGAUGUGGUGGCGAGGGGGCAGAGGACAGGCAUGGUGCCCCAAUGAGAAGGAACGCAGGAAGAGAGGGGAUGCAGCAAGGCUGCAGGGAACCUUCAGGUAAUUUGGCUCGCCGCAAUGCUCGAUGGGCAGAGCGACCACCCUCAGGGUCUGGUUCAGGGGGAGCGGGUGGAGAAGAUUCUGAGGGUGGGCCUGACAGACUACAGGAUGUCCAGGUGCAGCGGCAGAUCAUUUUAGCAUUACAACAACUCAGAGAGGACAUGCAGAGCGUUAUGGAACGACUGGAGGUGGUUGAGGGACUUGCCACUGCAAAUGCUCAAAAUUCACAAUGGAGAUCCCACUUACAACUGACAGUACCAGAGGAGAAAUGGUGGCCAUUUGACAUCUCUGGACCCACGAUGCUGCUUUUGUUGGUGUGGCCUUUUGUGACUCAGGGCAUAGUGUUCCUGCUAAGACGGAGGAAGAAAAAGUUUCAUGUUUGCAUAUGAAAUCAAAGAAACAUUCAUGCUAAAGAAUGAUGAAUAAUAUAUUGUGGCUUUCAGUACUUUAUGCACUGAUUGUUAGCCUCAAGUGAAGCUAAGAAAUGUUCUAACCUCAGCUCUGAAUGGAUUUUACCAUUUAAUUCAACAUGAACAAAAUGAGUGCAAUUCCCAGAAAUGCGCUGAGGUUAAUUGUGUAAUUUAUAGUAUAUCAUGUGUAAUUCUGGUUACAUAAAGCUCUGCGCAUAGGCAUCCAAUGACUGAAUAAUGUAUGCUAAUAUCUGUACUCUUACAUUUUACAAAGCACCACAAUGAAGGAUACAAGUAUUACUGCUCCUACUUAUGUUGCACGAUGCCAGGCGCUUUGUAGAACUUAAUAUAAUGUUUCUGUAAUAUGUAUUCAAUCAAAAAGCCUUAAAAAUAAGGGCCUUCACAUGGGGAAUAUAUCAGAUGUCCACUUUGCUGUAGCUGUCACUCUGAAAUUAAGAAUAGAGAACCAGCUAUAUAAUGUUUUCUGACCAUAUACACAAGAUUUAUUGUUCUGUAAAAGGAGAAAUAAAUGCUCUUGCAUUGUACAUGCAAUAUAACACUCAUCCACUUUAUGGUAAGAGAUUAAAAAUGAGAUUACCCACA